UUCAUUUCGUUUACACGUGGAAAAAUUCAAAGUGAAAACUCAAUCAUGGCAGCAGAAGAGGACCGUUUGGCAAAAGCCUUUGAAAAUAAAGUCAUUUUCCUCACUGGAGGUACUGGCUUCAUGGGUAAAAUUUUCAUCGAGCGUUUAUUACGAGAUACGGAAGUAGCCAAAAUUUAUCUUUUGGUUCGUCCAAAACGAGGAAAGACUCCUCGACAACGAGUAACAGAGAUCUUUAACGACCCUCUUUUUGACUUGCUGAAAGAAAAAAUUAGCAUAGAAACAAUUUUAUCUAAAACAGAUGUAAUUAAUGGAAAUUGUGAAGAAUUAGAUGUAGGAAUUUCUGAAGAAGAUCGACAAUUUAUUAUUGAGAAUAUCACACAAAUUUUCCAUUUUGCUGCCACGAUUCGAUUUGAUGAAGCAAUGAAAAAAGCUGUUCUGAUGAAUACAAGAGGCUCAAGAGAAAUGCUUAAGCUAGCACGACAAUGUAAAAAACUUGAGCUUUAUGGGCAUAUGUCAACUGCUUAUUGUCAUUUGCAUGUACAAUUUCUACUCGAACAGCCAUAUGAUCCGCCUGCAGAUCCAAACGAAAUUAUUAAAAUGAUUGAAAACAUGUCUGAUGAAGAGAUUGAAAAUCAAUCGAAAGGAAUUUUGGAAAAGCUUAAUCUACCAAAUACUUAUGCUUUUACAAAGUCGCUAGCAGAAGCACUUGUUGUUGAAGCACGAAACAAACAUAAGCUACCAGUAUUAAUAUUCAGACCUUCAAUUAUUCUUGCUACAUGGCGUGAUCCUAUUCCUGGAUAUGUUGAUAACUUUAAUGGACCUAUUGGAUUAAUGCUUGCUGUUGGAAAAGGUGUUGCAAGAAGCAUGUAUUGUGACCAGAAAAGUUAUGGAGAUUUUGUACCCGUAGAUAUUGCAAUAAAUGCACUGUUUAUAUCUGUUUGGAACUUUUACACUUAUAAGAACGAAGAUCAUUUUAUAAUUCAUUUUACGAGUUCAAAUGAAAUUCGUUUGACUUGGGAAGACAUGGCUAUUUUGGGAAAGGAAACAAUUCAAAAUGACUAUCCAUUUAAUCAAAUUUUAUGGUAUCCAAACAUAACAAUGACACAAUAUCGUUGGCUUCACAGUAUUAGAGCUUUCUUAUUCCAUUGGAUUCCUGCUUAUGUUGUUGACUUUUUACUCCAAAUGUUGGGCUAUCAGCAAUUCAUGAAGAAAGCUGCAUUAAGAGUUGAUAAAGCCGUUGAAGUUCUGGAGUAUUAUGCUAACAAUCAAUGGGAUUUUGAUGCUAGUAUUCAAUGUUUAUUCAAGAGUAGACUCACUCCUUAUGAAGAAAAUAAAUACAAAGUUAAUGCACGAGGAAUAAGCAUUCGUCAAGUUUUUUCGGAAAGUGCUCUCGGACUUCGUCGAUACGUUGAUAAAACUCCCGAUAGUAUGAUUCCUGCAGCAUUUCGCCUUUUGAAAAUAAUGAACAUAGUUGACAAAGUCACCAAACUAGUAGUCUAUGGAAGUUUAUUUUACUGGCUAUAUACAUUAAUUUUAGCUUUAGCUGGUGGAGCAAACAUUCCAAUAACAAUCUUAAAACUUUUGUUUUGUCUUUUCGCAAUUCUUAUUUAAAUUAAACUUUUUAAUUUGAAAGCAAUUAUUGAAUAUUUUCAAUCCUAGUUAUAUAAGACAUGUUUUAUAAUUUUAUAAGAUUUUUUAAUUUAAAUGCUAAAGGGAUUAAAUAAA